AUGAUGGGCUCGGUGCUGCCCGCCGAGGCCCUGGUCCUCAAGCCUGGGCUGAAGCCGCAGGGGCUCUCGCUGGCCGAGGUGAUCACCUCCGACAUCCUGCACAGCUUCCUCUACGGCCGCUGGAGAAACGUCCUGGGCGAGCAGCUCUUCGAGGAGAAGAGCAGCCCCAAGACAGCCUUCACGGCCGAAGUCCUGGCUCAGUCCUUCUCCGGAGAGGUGCAGAAGCUCUCCAGCCUGGUGCUGCCGUCGGAAGUGAUAAUCGCCCAGAGCUCCAUCCCCGGGGAAGGGCUCGGCAUCUUCUCCAAGACUUGGAUCAAGGCUGGCACCGAGAUGGGGCCGUUCACGGGCAGGGUCAUCUCCCCCGAACAUGUGGACCUGUGCAAGAACAACAACCUCAUGUGGGAGGUGUUCAACGAGGACGGCACAGUGCGGUACUUCAUCGACGCCAGCCAGGAGGAUCACCGCAGCUGGAUGACCUACAUCAAAUGUGCACGGAACGAGCAGGAGCAGAACCUCGAGGUGGUCCAGAUCGGGAACAGCAUCUUCUACAAGGCCAUUGAGAUGAUUCCUCCAGACCAAGAGCUGCUGGUCUGGUAUGGGAACUCCCACAACACCUUCCUGGGCAUCCCAGGUGUGCCAGGGCUGGAAGAGGAGCAGAAGAAGAACAAACAUGAGGAUUUCCACGCGGUGGAGACGGGGGCCAGCACGACGGGGCGCAUGCGCUGCGUCAUCUGCCACCGCGGCUUCAACUCCCGCAGCAACCUGCGCUCCCACAUGCGCAUCCACACGCUGGACAAGCCCUUCGUGUGCCGCUUCUGCAACCGCCGCUUCAGCCAGUCCUCCACCCUCCGCAACCACGUCCGCCUGCACACGGGCGAGCGGCCCUACAAGUGCCAGGUGUGCCAAAGUGCCUACUCGCAGCUCGCAGGGCUGCGGGCGCACCAGAAAAGCGCCCGCCACCGGCCCCCCAACGCCUCCCUGCAGGCUCACUCGCCCGCCCUGCCCGUGCCCCACCCUGCCUCCCUGGCCCACCACAUCCCCACCAUGGUGCUGUGAAGCCCCGGUGCGGCAGCGGGAUUUGGGACAGCAAAGACUGGUGCUGAGACAUGCAAUGAACUGGGGGGAAGGCCCUUGGCUGAGCUGCUUUGUGUCUCGGAGAGUGUUGGGUUGUUUAUGGGCUGGGGGUAGGCAGGAGGGGAGCCCCCAGCUCUGCAGCUGUGUUCUGCGGGAUCACUCCCAGGGAGAUGUGGCACAGGGGUUGGCAGGGGAGAAGGGAUGCAGUGGGAUGUUCUGUGUGGGUUUGCCAGCGCACUGGGGAGGACUGGGAGAGCAGAAAAGCCAGACCUGGAGGAGUCAUGCCUGGGUUCUACAGAUUAUUUGGUAGAAAGAGAAAUUCCUCUUAUCUGUCCUCCUCUGCUCUAGCAGAGACGUGCCCCACUGAAAGGUUGGCACAGCCCUGAUGCGGCCACCCCAGUCACACCUGUUUGCCCCAGGAGUGGCUUUGGCCCCAGUGGCUCCUUCCAAGGGACACCUUUCCGUGCUCGGGAGCCCCGAGUUAGUGAACAUUUGCAUUUUCC